AUGAAAAACAUAAAAAAUAAAGUUGUCAUCAAAGAAUUUCAUCAUCAUGGUGUAAGCUGGGAAGAUAUCGAACGAGAAGCUCAGAUAUUAUCAUACCUUAAAGGACAAGAUAUAACACCCAAUUUUCUUGGUGUUUUAACACCACGUAAAAAGUCUAGAAAUUACAGUCUAGUUCAAGAAUAUUACGGUCAUGGUAAUGUAGAAGAUAUUUAUCUGGAAUAUGAUUUGCCACCAGAUGCUUGGAUUAUUAUUUGUAAAAAUAUUUGUAAAAGUUUAUUCCAAAUUCAUUGUAAUCAUAUUCUGUUCAAUGAUUUAAAAUCAGAUAAUAUUUUAGUUGACUUAAAUACUUUGGACAUUCGAUUUAUUGAUUUUGGCAUGGCAACAUUCAGGAAAGGUAUGCGAUUUGAAGGCUGUUCGGGAAGUCUAGGUGAGUGUCUAUUCUAUGCACCGGAAGUGAGAGAAGGAUGUUUCUCUACACCUCAAUCAGAUAUUUAUAGUCUUGGUUUUUUAUUUAAACAAAUUAUAAAACGUGCUAAUGUAUAUCAAUUAUUUCCAUUAUAUAAUUCUUGUACAAAAAUUCAAGCUAUUGAUAGACCGACUCUACCAGAAAUAAUGGAAAUACUUGAUACAUUAUAG